ACGGAGUGGGAGGGACCGAGGAGGACUUCGGAGUUGAUACGUGGUCAGUGCGCAGCGCCGUACCUUCCAGCUGACCGAUCUCUCCUGCGAUUACUGCUCACUAGAGGACUAAAGUGUGAUGAUGGCGGCCGUGGAGGAUCCUCCGUUCUCUCUGCUCAGUCUGGAGGAUGAGCUGACCUGCAGCAUCUGUCUGAGCCCCUUCGACUGUCCGGUCACCAUCCCCUGCGGACACAACUUCUGCCAGGACUGUCUGCUGGCCACCUGGAAGAACUCCUACAGCUGCCCUCAGUGUCGGACCCUGUUCGCCACCAGACCGGAGCUGAAGAAGAACACGGUCCUCAGCACCGUGGUGGAGACGUUCAGGAGCCGAGCCGGAGGUCCGAAGGAAGAGUCGAGCGGAGCCGAGGAGGAGAAGAAGAAGGAGGAGGUGAAGGUCCGCUGCGACGCGUGUAUGGAGGCGGAGGCGGCGCAGACCUGCCUCACCUGCAUGGCCUCUUUCUGCGAGGAGCACCUGCGGCCUCACCGGGAGAAUCCCAUCUUCCGGGUCCACCAGCUGAGCGAGCCUGUCGGCGACCUGUCGGAGCGCAUCUGCCCCGAUCACCACAAGCUGAUGGAGCUGUUCUGCAGCCAGCACGGCCGUCCGAUCUGCAGCCUCUGUCUGCAGCAAGUCCACAGAGGAUGUGCCUUCAGGAGCCCGGAGGAGCAGCGGAGCCUCCUGGAGUCCGACCUCCGAAGCAAGUUGAGUUUACUGGAUGGGAAGAUCACGAAGAACGAGACUGUAAUAACUCAAAUGACCGACACGCAGAGCAAGCUGAAGGACUCGGCGGUCAAGAGGAAGCAGUCUGUGGCGGCCGAGUACCAGCAGAUCCGAGACAUGUUGGCCCGAGACGAGCGUGAUGCUCUGAACGCUGUGGACCGAGAGGUGGAGAGCGGUCAAACCAAACUCAGGGGUCUCAUGAAGAAGUUCACCGAGAAUGUCUACAACAUGAACAAGGCUAAAGACGACAUCCACGGUCUGCUGAGUCAGUCCAGAAGCCUGGCCUUCCUGCAGGCUUCAUUUAACCUUCCCGAAGCGGUGAAGUUCGAACCUUACAGCCCUCGAAUCAACCUGGACUCUAAGAAGGUGUUAGCAUCUCAGGUUUUCGCUGCUGCCCUGAAGGACCAUCUGACGGAGAUCCUCAAACAGCCUGUCGAAAACAGACUACCGCUACCUAAACCAGAAAUUAUCACAGAUACAUGUGCACCUGGUGAAAGACCAGUUUUUCCCUUAGGAUUCAAACCUCCAAGCCCUGGAAUGUACCAGACAUAUGAGCCUCAGUGGCAUCUGGAACCUAACAGACCACCCCCAAGGUCCCACAGUCCAGGUCCUCAAUCCAAAACAGGCCAGAAGAAGAAACCACAAAAAACCAAAAAGCCCCAGUCCAACGACGACAAGACAGGAAAUAAGAUUCAGGCCCGUUCAAUGGAAAACCUGUUGAACAUUGAUGAGAAAGAUACAUCCAGAGGCCGAAAUCCUGCAGCUGACGCCAAAGAGAACCCAGAAACUGUGGACAUUCCCCCCGAUGUAAGUGCUGCUAUGAAAAGAAAUGACCUUCUGAAACAUGGCACAGUGCUCACUCUGGAUCCGAGGACGGCCCAUAAACGCAUCGCGCUGAGUGACGGCUUCACUAAGGCCGCCGUGUCCGACAACCACACAAACUACCCCGACUGCCCCGAGCGCUUCACCGUCUGCUCCCAGGUUCUCGCCUCUAAGGGCUUCUCUCGCGGACGGCACUACUGGGAGGUCCGACUGAGCAGCAACAACUUCAUCGGCAUCGGCCUGGCCUACGGCACCAUCGACCGCAAAGGCCCCACCAGCAGACUGGGCCGCAACAACCAGUCCUGGUGCGUCGAGUGGUUCAACGUCAAGCUGUCAGCCUGGCACAACAGCAGCGAGACCGUGCUGGCCAAUCCCAAUCCGAAGCGCAUCGGCGUGCUGUUGGAUUGCGAGAAUGGUUUGGCCACUUUCUAUAACGUGGCUGACCGGGCGUAUCCCUUCCAUACCUUUGUGUUUCCCUUCGCUGAAGCUGUCUAUCCAGCUUUCUGGAUUUUCUCAAGUGGCUCUUCCAUCACUUUGUGCAAGCUGCAGGGAUGAGCAGCACACAAACACACAGUCAGGCUUUUGUUGUCAUUGCUAACGCUAACAAUGUGAAAGAAAAUUAAGCUAGUUAUAAAGUAAGGCUGCGCAAUAUUGGAAAAUACUGAAAUAUUUAGCUUGUUCAUCAUUUUAGAGUGAUUGGAGGGAUUUUGCAGGAGAGUGAAUCUACACUGAAAAUAUACAGUUAUUAAAAAAAAAUGUCAGAAAAAAAGAACGGUGUACACUGACAUUAGUUUUUUGCUUUGCAUAGCAUUCAGAUCUGGCUUUGCAUUCAUCAUACGGAGCUUUGUGGUGCUGAUUUAAAUAGUCGGGCUAAUCAGUUGUGUUGCCUUGUGUCGUGGGCUGUUUUUUCCUUUCUGUAACCAAACUAUUUCCAUACAACUGAAAUAUUCCUUUUCAGAAUUUCUCCUUGUUCGUCACUCAUUUUGCUGAGGACAGGUGGAAUCUGCAUGCCAGCAAACUCUGCAUUUUGUGAACAAAUUUUUAAAAAACAUGAAACUCUGUGUAACCAGGAAGCUUUAAAUCGAAAUUGAGUCUUAUCAGACAGACUUCUCCUGUAGGUUCGUCAUGGAAAAUAAGACCCAUGCAAGUUUUUUGUAUCUAGCAGCAAAAUUAGUUGGACCUAUCCACAUUACAGCUAUUAUAAACUAGUGUUUAAUGUUUGGAACAGGAAAGAUGAAAAGCUAUAUUGGCUAGAACCCUGCAGCUAACUGUUUUAUUGUUAUCACUUGUAAAUGAGGAAAACCAGUGUUUCCUGUACAUUUCCAGCAUUUUCACGCUGCUGGCAGGUACAACAAUCAUUAUCCCCACUACUAAAGCUUCUUGCAAACUCUUUAAUCCCUUUCUGUUAGAUCUCAGUCAAACCAAGAGAACCAAGCAGUCCAGUCUGAGAAUUUUCCAGAUUGAGGUGUCACAGCAGGAACAGAUGUGAGGAGUUAAUGCCGUAUCAUAGCUUUAGUCAUUAGCUCUUGUUGGCAGCACUGCAGAAAAUGCAGCAAAAACACUAUAACUUGUGUUUAAUAAGUGAUUGUGAUGCACUUACGUGUUCCGGUCGCUUUAUGAUGAGCAUUUUAAGACAAAGUCAGUUUUUAACACUUGUUUGCUGAAGGAAUAAACCAGAAAAUUGUGUGUUUUGGUGUGGAGAUGCAGUACAUUUACAGAAAGUAGCUUGCAACAGUGGCUGGGUUUCAAUCGUUGAGAUUUGAUUCAUUUCCUCCCUUAACACUGUUCACUAAUUACAUAUGUGUGCAGCAGGGUGUUCUGUUUUACCUGUGCAGAUUAUUUAUCAUCACAUGGUAAUGAAUGCAUUUAGAUGAAGAAGUGAAUUUAUCACUGCAGCGUGGCAAGUUCUGUCAAAGGAGUGUUGCACUGGGUGAUACAGUGAAAAUCACUAUUUGAAGAUGGGAAACUUAAAAUCCUUCAGCAGUAGAUUCAAAAUUUAAAAACCUGCCUGGACUGCAAACUGAAGAAGGAUUUUUGAUUUCUGCAUAUAAAGUGUAGAUUUCAGUCCGUUUGCUGAUCCUGGAAGUUUCUUCUGUCUGGAGGAGGUUCUUUAUCAAAGAAAUAAAUUGUGCUUUUAGAAGUACGUGUCAUGUAUAGUAGUUGGCCAGAAUUACGUUUGUUUCUGUGAUAUCGCUGUGAUGGAACUCAUGUUCAUGUGGAAGUUUUUCUGCGAUUAUUGAAUGUAUUGUUUGCUCACUCCUUCAGUUCUAUGACUGGUUUGUUUGAUGGGACCAGAAGUCAUACAGACUCAGGUUUUACAGUUGUGGAGUCAGAAUAUAGAGAGGAAACAACAUGCAGCAAUGCUCCUUGGAUAGAUUUAAACCUAGGGUCUUGUGCUUGCAUUGUAUGCUUCCUAGAGAUAAAACUCGGUACGGUCUUAUCUAUAGUAGGCAGGUUGAACCAACAAGCCAUCACUGAGUUCUGCUGGCUUUUCACAGGGUGGAAGGAAGGUCGUGAGAUGUAUAAUUAUUUGUUGUGCGGUAGGAAUUUACCUGUAAAAUGUGUUGCUGAAUCACCGGUGUAGCUCCAGUGUGGUGCUGCAGCCAUACGUCAGCUAUUAAGUGGUUGCAGAAGAUUUAAAGUACACAGAUUUUGCAGUAAAGUUGGGAAAAUACAAACUGUACAGGUGUCUAAAAGACAGUUGUGAAGUUAGCUGUUUUGUCAUGGUUCUGUUUGUUCUUUUUGACAAAGUUAGACUACGCACUAACUUCUAGAGCCUGACCGAUAUACCUGGCGGCCGAUACAGAUAUUGGUCUGUAUUGACAUAUAUGUUGUCAGAGGUGAAAACUGUCUUCUAUGGAAUAUAAUCCAAAAAAAAGAUAUUUGGAGUAAUUUGAAAACGGAGUCAUGGUAUAGUUUGUCCAUUAGAGCAGCCAUGACUCCAGUCAGCACUGUCUGCAGCACAUGCAGCAGAGUAAGGUGCGGAGUGUGGCUUUGCUGUUGACUAGUUUGUGUGAUUCAUUGCUGGAAGGUUAAUAGCAAUGACCCAAUCAUUUUCCCUUUUCAGCGCAAGUCUAACAUAUUUAUAGACAAUCUUAGCUGAUAUAUCGAUAUCAGAAUUUGUUACUCCCGAAAAUUGAUACUGGCAACAAACAUCCAGCAUCAGUCGGGUUCUGCUAACUUCACUGUUUUAAAGAGGUUCACUGUUCCAGAGUGACCUCAGUGAUAUGCAAGGGAAGGUUCUGCAGUACAUACAUCUCUGCAAUGUGUUUCUACCAAAGCAGUUCAGGUACGGAGCUUCAUUAUUGGGUUUUAUGGCGAUACUGCUGUACCUGGUCUGGACCUAUUUGGUGAAAUCUCCUGUGUCAUUGCAUAUCAUCACAAAGGGGACUUUUGGGGUGGGACAGGAAACUUUUUGAAACUAUUCACAUCUUUUAUGUACCACAGUGAUUCCUGUUUUUUCUCAUUACUGAGUCUUAAUCACAUAUUUGCAGCAGAAUUCAGGAAAAUUCAUGUUCGUUGGCUCCGUUGUAGUUUCACCUGAAUUGUAGUUCCUUGUUUUUUUGCCUGAAAUAAUAUUCAAUGCAUUGACUUUUCCUCAAACUGUAUAUUGUCAGAAGUUAAUAUCAAACCAACCUAUAUGCAAUGCUUCAAUAUUUAACUGUCUAGAAAAUGGGUAAAUGAAAAGUUCUGGUUAGUACUUAAUGUCCUGUAUUAUUGUUGUAUUAGUUUAAUCACUGCUGUUUGUAUUAGAAAUUAACCCCAUAAUAAAAGCUUUUCUGCCUCA